CAAAUAUUCAUUCUAUACACAUUUUCUUUUCUUCUCCAUUACUCCUUUUGAUUCUUGUUCAAUUUCUCCUGUUUAUACAAUAUGGGUAUCAAUUAUCCAACAAUGGUGCUCUCGUUGAGAGUUUGAACACAAUCAAGUGAGAAAACCUCCCAAUUAACCAAAAUCCACUGAAUCACAAAAAAAACAUCCAAAAAAUCGUUCCAUUUUACAAGAAAUUGAAAAAUCCAGAAGAAAUUAUGAGAUCUGGAACUCCUUUGGCAAUAAAGUCGGUCAAUCGGAGCGGUAGGACCGGAGCUAGUCUGGAAUCUGGACUGUACGGCCGAUGGAGCAGCUGGUCUGGAGCUGUACGGAUCAGAGGAAGCAACCGGAAUCUGGAAUUAGACCAAGCAUCAGAGGCGAUGCUGUAACAGGGCCCUGCUCCGCCGAGAAUCCGACGCAGAUCCGACGCCCCUGGGCUUUAGCUCUCAGUCGCGACCAAUCUGUGUUGCUCCCUCCUAGGCGGGCUACUCAACCUGCAAGCCGAAGCUGGGACGCGUCGGCACAAGCGGCGAAGUGUGGGCUCCAGGUACGGGCUCUGCCACGGCGUCGCCUGCUUUAUCCAGGCGUUCCACCGCUGGGUCUGGCCCCCUUGCAGCUAAGCAGCUCGUCAUAAAAAACGGCGAUCUCCAUCUGCCAUUAAUGGAGGUUCAAAGCUCAGGGAAGGAGAUGAGAAUAUGCCCGAUCCAGUCAACAUCUGCCUCAACGCAGCCCCAGCAGCGACCCCUCCUUUCUUCCUGCUGACGGUGACUGUAGGCGGCUGGCGACGAUCUAAUCCAGACCCCCGGCGGCGUCGAGGAAAGAACCGCUCUCACCUAAUGUUAGCUGCGGGAGAUGAACGCAGGCCACCUAUUAUCCAAUUAUCAGAAGACCUGUCAGUAUCUUUGAAGAAAGGGUCUCCCAGCACAUGGGGUGUUAACUAUCAAUAACUCUGCCCACAUCUUUUGAAGGACCUACUAGCACAUGACUGUUACUUCAGCUACUCCGAUUAAAGCUCCGCUGGGAAACUUAAGGGAAAGCAGUGGGCCAAGAUUACGUGGAACUAGAUAUUGAGCAACAAUUUCAGCAAGCCCAUUAAUUUCAGCCCACUCAUAAAAAGAAAGAUAAGUACUCUUUAAUUAUCUUAUUAUUUAUGUUUAUUUAAAUCACUUUUUUAUCGAUAAAUGUCACACUAUCACACACUUAUGAUCAAAUGCCUAGUAGAGUGUGGCUUGAGACCCAUCACUAGGAUUUAAAGCCCUGUCUCCUCAGGCACAAAGCCCCGACCAAGUCGGGCAUGAAGACAAAACCCCGACCAAGUCGGGUACGAAGACCGGUCUUAGUCAUUCCUCGAGUGGCGACCGUUGCUUACGAAUGGCUCACACAUCCAUUCUACUAAGUAUUUUAUCAUUACAUUAACAAUUCACAUCUCCACUUGUUUAAAGUGACGAACUCCCGAUCGGGAACAUAAAUCCCAAGAAAAAAAAAAUUAUGUAUGAUAAAUGUGUAGGUACGAAGAUGACUUUACUCAUUUUCACCUCGUUUCCACUCGCCUCAAAGAGUGGGGACUGGGGGACUGAGGGGUCAGAGUUUCUAGAUGAGCAGAAAAUAUCACGCAAGAGCAGGAACGAGAGCUGAGUCAGUUGAAGAGGAGCUGAGCUAGAUUGAUUAUGCCGGAGGGGAUUUACCUUCCUUGUUUCAUGUUGGGGGCGCUAGGUGUACUCUUUUUCCCUUUAUUAGGAUUUUUUCCCACUGGGUUUUUCCUAGUAAAGGUUUUUAACGAGGCACCUCCCCAUAAUGGACAAGGGUAGUGGUCCCCCGGCCGAAGAGGAAGAACGUUGCAGAUACAGUUUGGACUACUCCCUUUCGCCUCGAGUACUCUCGACUCAGGGAGUGGGGGACUCCUGAUGGAUUAUAUGGACUCCGACCCCCCGGUAUGCCGACUACUAGGCCUGGACAGCGGCCCACACACGUUUAUCGGAUAUCAUUAAUAUUAUUGUACAUUAUUAUUAUUCAGAUGUUCUAGAUUAGCUUUUUAUACUAUCAAUCCAUUUAUGUAACCGGGUCUGUCAGGCCCAUAUUAGAGGCCCAGACCCGAAUUCUCCCUAUAUAUACUCCUUAUAGGAGGCUUGUAACUCAUAUAACAAAUAUUCAUUCUAUACACAUUUUCUUUUCUUCUCCAUUACUCCUUUUGAUUCUUGUUCAAUUUCUCCUGUUUAUACAAUAUGGGUAUCAAUUAUCCAACAAUAGAGUUCCUUUUUUG